CGCCUCGUAGAUCGGAAACUCUUCCAGGCCCCAAUAUCUGAAAAACCAGGGAGCUCAGAACCUCAGACCAACAAACUCCCACUCGCAAAAUCCGAAUCCAUAGCCCGAAAAAGCUCCUCAAGAACCUCCAGACGCCAUGGCUUUGCCUGACAUAGUCGAGUAUGCCCGCAACUUCGCUGUCAUGGUCAGAGUCCAAGGCCCUGACCCAAAGGGCUUGAAGAUGAGAAACCACGCUUUCCACCUAUACAAUUCUGGCAAAACAACGUUAUCGGCUUCUGGGUUUUUGCUUCCUGAAACACUUUACGAUGCUGAGGUAGCUAAGCGUCUUUGCGGCCACAAUGAUGGGUGCCCGGUAUUGGUUGUGACUGUUGCGUCUGUUGUUGAGCCUUUUCUGUCACUGCAACAUCGAGAGAACUUUUCUGAGGGCCGGCCUGAGUUGAUUCCCGGUGUUCAGAUUGAUAUUAUGGUAGAGCGAAAAGUGGGGUCGGGGAAGGAGUCGAUGGAUUUGGAUGAAGGAGCUCCUUGUUGGAUUGCUGCACAAGUUUUAACAUUAGCUGACAUCCCUGCAUCUGCUCUUGCUCUCCAAACUCUUACUGAAGCUUCCUUGGGCACACCACAGAAUGGAUGGGAGGUUGGUUGGUCUUUGGCAUCACACAAUAACAGUCCGCAGCCUUUUAUGGAUGCCAUUCGAACACAGCGUGAUGCUAAAUCUUUCUUGGAGAGUCAGAGCCAUUUGGCAGUGGGAGAAUCAGGCAAUUCAAGUCUUUUGGGAAAGUCAACAACUAGAAUUGUGAUUCUUGGAGUUUCCUUAUCUCCCAAGGAUGUGCCAAAUAUCAUUAUAUCACCCUCCAUUAAGAGGGGGGAUUUUCUUCUGGCAGUGGGUUCUCCUUUUGGUGUCCUGUCACCUAUGCACUUCUUUAACAGUAUAUCAGUGGGAUCAACUGCCAACUGCUAUCCAGCUAGUUCAUCGAAUAGAUCAUUGCUGAUGGCUGACAUACGGGGUCUUCCUGGAAUGGAAGGUGGUCCAGUUUUUGGUGAGCAUGGACAUCUCAUUGGCAUUCUUAUAAAACCGAUAAGGCAAAAGGCCAGUUUUGCUGAAGUUCAGCUGGUCAUUCCAUGGGAAGCCGUUGCAGCUGCUUGCAAUGACUUGCUGCAUAAGGAGCCUCAAAAUGUAGAUAAAGGGAUUCAUUACUACAAAGAAAACAUGAAUGCUGGGGGGAAAGCAUUUAUAAUUAAUGGCAAAGACUUAGAUGGAUCCUUCAGCUAUAUUCACAAGCAUCUUAACUCGUGUUACCCCUCCCAGUUGCCAGUUGAGAAGGCAAUGGCGUCUAUUUGUCUUGUUACAAUUGAUGAUGGUGUUUGGGCAUCUGGAGUUGUGCUCAACGACCAAGGCCUGAUUCUUACAAAUGCUCACCUGUUAGAACCAUGGAGAUUUGGGAAAACAACUGUCAGGAAUGAAAGAUAUGGAACCAAAUCAGAAAGUAUUUCCUUCCUGUCUGAGGAAUCUGCGUCUCUUGGACAAAAUAGAGUUGACGGCAAUGAAAAGAGUCAGAGUUUACUGCCAAAGUUGCUGAAGACUGUGAAUCCUUUUGUUGUUGAUGAGCAUGGGCAAUAUAAAACAAGUCUAUCUUAUGGAGGCAAUAAAAACAUACGUGUUCGUCUGGAUCAUACAGAACCCUGGGUUUGGUGUGAUGCUAAAGUAGUGUAUGUUUGUAGAGGACCUUUGGAUGUUGCCCUGCUGCAGCUCGAGUAUGUUCCAGAUGAGCUUUCACCUAUCAUCAUGGAUUUUGAAUGGCCAUCUUUGGGAUCAAAGGCGUAUGUUAUUGGACAUGGAUUAUUUGGCCCGAGAUGUGGCUUCUUCCCAUCUAUCAGCUCCGGUGUGGUAACAAAGGUUGUCAAAGCAAAGAUUUCCCACUCAUAUCCAUCCAAUCAAGAAGGAAAUACGCAAGGACACUUUCCAGUGAUGCUUGAAACAACAGCUGCUGUCCAUCCUGGCGGUAGUGGUGGUGCCGUUGUCAAUUCAGAUGGUCAUAUGAUUGGACUUGUUACGAGCAACGCAAGGCAUGGUGGAGGAACAGUUAUACCACAUCUGAACUUCAGCAUUCCAUGUGCCGCUCUGGAACCAAUCUUCAAAUUCUCAAAAGAUAUGCAGGAUCUUUCACUUCUUCGGAGCCUUGAUCAACCAAAUGAACACCUUUCUUCUGUAUGGGCAUUGAUGCCACAGCUAUCCCCUAAGCCCCCUCCUUUGCCUGAGCUGCAGCAAUCACCACCAGAAGAUAACAACAAAGAAGAGAAAGGUUCCCGUUUUGCUAAAUUUAUGGCUGAAAGACAGGAGUUGCUUAAAAAGUCCGGCCAACUUGGCAAGGUGGAAAGGCUUUCUGAUAAGAUUAUCCUAAGCAAGUUAUGAACACCUGGCGAUUUUGUUGCACUGCAUAAUACAGCAUCAAAAACAACACUCAGAUCAAGUCCAUAAUAGACUAUCCGGAGCAAACAGGGGCAACACAAAAAAAGAACGAGAGAGAGAAGCACCUUGAGCGUAUUGUUAUGUUGUAAGGUUUAUGAAUAAGACGGUAUAUAUUUGGAUUGCGUUAAAAUCUACUUUUGACAACAAAAGUUCCAACAAACAUUAUUAAAUUAGCAAUUGGUUUAAGGGAAAAAUGUAAAAUUAGUCUU